UUGUGCUUCAAGUGCCAGGGGGCACAUCACACGUCGUGCUGCUUUAAGGCCACAACAACCCAACAAGGGAGAAGCUGGUCUAACAAUAAACAGCCGAAAGAAGAAACUAAAAGAACAAGACCUCAGCGAGAGGUUAACAUAGUGGGUUCAGAAGGAGCGGAAACAAGAGAAACCGCUAUACUUCAAGUCAACUCAGCAUUCCAGAAGUUGGAAGAAACAUUUCUUCCCACAGGUGAAUUAACCGUCCUGGACCCAAAGACCAACGCUUUGAGAAAAAUAGCGGUAUUGUUGGACACAGGAGCCGAAAUCUCAUUUAUAGACAGCACACUAGCUCAGGAACUGCAACUUCCAAUAACAGGAAAAACCAAGUUGCACCUUCACACUUUCGGUUCCAACGAAGUAUCUGUGAAGGACUGCCGGCAAGUGAAACUGGAUGUUUGGGAUGAUGAGGGACAACAAUGCUCAUUGAGUCUUCUCACGCAUGAUAUUCUGACGAAGGCGUGCACAACACCAGAACUUCAAGAUGAGGACAUCCAGUUUAUCAAACAACGAGGCCUAGUUAUUAAUCAUCCCAAACAGUCGGUGAAGCCAAAGAUUCUUCUGGGUGCUGACCAACUCUGGCCAUUUAUACGGCCUAACGCAAGCCAUAUUCGCCUUCCUUCCGGAUUGUACCUGCUGUCAACAAGGAUGGGAUUUCUGCUCACAGGACAGCCAAAAGGACCAUCAACGAUAAAGACAAAACUAGAGCAGGAAGAGGACAGGUGGAAUGGAUACUGGAGCUUAGAAGCCCAGGUAAACACCAUCGAGACAGUGACAGAGGAGGAGAAACAAAAUGAACAAGAUCUUUGGGAGCAAUUUUGGAAACUGGAUGCAGCCGGAACAGAAGAAUUCGGAAAGGCGGAAAAAACACAGCAAGCAAUUGUUGAUCAGCAAGUGUGGGAGGACUUCAAAAGAACCGUAGAAAAGCGGCAGGACGGUUACUAUGUGCGACUGCCCUGGAAAGACUUCCAGGUAGACUUACCAGAUAACAAGGCAAUCGCAUAUAGGAGACUGACAAGUUUGUGGAAGUCAUUGCAGAAAGAGGAAAAACUACUAGACCAGUACAACGAAGUUUUCCAAGAACAGCUUCGUCUGAAUAUACUGGAGAAAGUUAAAGGGGAAUCGCAGCCAGGGACUCGAGUCCACUACAUCCCACAUCAGGCUGUGAUAACGCCUCACAAGUCAACGACCAAACUACGUGUCGUUUACGACGCCUCAGCUCACUACAAAGGGUCCCCUUCAUUGAAUGAUGUUCUUCAUCGAGGACCAGUGAUCCUACCGCUUCUCUACGGAAUUCUGUUACGAUUUCGAAUCGGACAGAUCGCAAUGAUAUCUGACGUGGAAAAGGCAUUUCUGCAAGUGCGACUUCACGAAGAAGAUCGCGACGCCACAAGGUGUCUUUGGUUGAAGAACCACAGGCAAGCACCAAGUCCGAAUAACGUCCAAACUCUUCGCUUCACUCGAGUAACCUUUGGGCUUAUGCCUUCUCCAUUCCUCCUAGCCGCAACAACACACUAUCACCUAGAUCAGUAUAAGGAUACCAAGUUGGUGAAGGAAAUGAAAGAGAAUCUGUACGUAGACAACCUCAUCCUAUGUACAGAUCAGACAGAAGGGGCGAUCAAGUUGUACCAUACCACUAAAGGAAUGUUUCAGGACUUAAAAAUGAAUCUACGGGAGUUUGUCUCCAACGAUAAGGAAACAAUGCAAGCAAUUGCUUGCAAGGACAAGUCUCCAGAACUAGCGCCAAAAGUGUUGGGAAUAAAAUGGGAUUCGGUAAAAGAUGCAUUUGCAAUUACCUGCCGGAUGAAAAAAGGCACCAACACUACGAAACGUACUGUCGCAAGUACCAUAGCUUCCGUCUACGAUCCAAUGGGUUAUCUGACACCACUGCUUCACAAAGCAAAAGUCUUUCUUCGCUCUUUGUGGCAACAGAGUUUUGACUGGGAUACCAGUCUGCCCAAAAAACUGACUGACGAAUGGGAACAAAUUACCCAAGACGCAGAUGGAUUUGAGAAGUCAAUUUCUCGGUGCUUAUGUCCAAAAGAGACCGAGCAUGAAAUAAUCGCAUUUGCGGACGCAAGUUCAGAGGCAAUCUCGACAUGCAUUUACCUGCGCUCCAAGGAUCAAGCAAGUCUGCUCAUUGCAAAAGGCAAGCUACCAACUCUCAAGUCUACAAUCACAAUGCCAAAGAUGGAACUUAAUGCAGUCACACUUGCCAUGAGAGUUGCAAACUCAACAAUUACGCAACUACAAUCUGUCGUCAAGUUAACACAUCUGGUUGUGCUAUCAGACUCAGAGAUCGCCCUCCAGUGGAUCAAAUCGAAACCACAGAAGGGAGUAGGAAAGAUGAUCACCAGCAGACUCACGGAGAUCAACAAAAUUGUGAACCACAUAGAGGAAUCAGGAUGUCAAGUAUGGUUUGCUCACGUAGCCUCAUCAGAGAAUCCGGCAGACUGUGCCACUCGAGGCUUAUCCAAAGCGGAAUUGCUCAACCACUUUUGGUGGACUGGACCGUCAUUUCUGCGGGAGAAUCCAAAAGAAUGGAAGAGCAUUACGUUCUUCCAGCAAAAAACGUCGGGUGAAGAUGAGGACGAAUCAAUGUUUAUGACAAGUGUAAAUGUACAGCAGACUACUCCAGAUCCACUUGACCGCUUGAAGAAGUAUCCGCUCACAACGAUCAAACGCAUUGAAGCAUAUGUAUUACGAUACAUCAGGAUCUUGGUGGCAAGGGUAAACAAGAGACGAACUGUUCCAAUAGUUUUAUCAAGUUGGCUGAAUCCGGAGGUUAUGCAUGAGGGGAUAGAAUUAAAUGGAUCCGAGAUUGCCGUGGCAGCUAAA